AUGCGAAGAAGGGCAUUCUUUGCGAGGUUUUUCGCGACAGAGAAUCGGGGCUUUGCGCCGGAGCGAUGCCUCAAAGAGGAGAUGCUGGGUGUUUACACGCGAGCCAGCGGGCGGUUGGGGGAUCUGGAGGGAAUGAUGGGCGGCGCUGGGGCGGCGGAGACGGUGGUGCCGUGGACGGCGAUGGUGGCCGGUCUUGUUCGCCAAGAGCUCUUCCGCGAUGCCAUUCUCGUGUUCCGGCAAAUGCAGCUCCAGGGUGUAGCGCCCAACCGCGUGACGAUCAUGACGGCGCUCACUGCCUGCCUCGAUCUCGCGUCCCCGCCGCUGCUCCGCCUCCUCCACUCCAUCGCCGCCGACGCCCAGCUCGCCACCGACAUCGCUAUCGCCACCUCGCUGCUCAACAUCCACGGCAAGAUCGGCAGCCUCGCCGCGGCCAAGGCGAUCUUCCACUCCAUGGAGAUCAAGUCCGUGAUCGCCUGGACAGCGAUGAUGGCCGCGUGCGUCCACCACCGCGAGAAUCGAGAGGCGCUCGUGUUCUUCCGGAGAAUGCUGCUGGAACACUCGAUCGCCAACACGAUCACCUUCGUCACCGUGCUCGGUGCUUGCGGCAAUUGCCGCGAGGGGGCAUCUGUCCACGAAUGGAUGAUCGAGUCUGGGGUCUCUGCCAGCAGCGUUUUCGCGAGCACCGCAAUCGUCACGAUGUAUGGACGAUGCGGUAGCGUGGGUCACGCCAAGGAGGUGUUUGAUUCGAUCGUGGAGAAGAAUUUCAUCUCGUGGAACGCUAUGGUGGCAGCAUUUGCCCAGAACCGGCAUUGCGCUCACGCUUUGGCGAUGGUGCGCUCCAUGGAUCUCGAGGGACUCCACCCCGAUCGAGUCACCUGGCUGAGCGUGCUGGGCAGCGUCGCGGAGAUCGAUAUCCGUGAUGGGCGAUGGAUCCACUCGCGGAUCCUGGGCAGCGGGAUCGAGCUGGAUUUCGCGCUGGGGACGGCACUGCUCAACAUGUACGCCAGGAACCACAGCCUCGAGGAGGCGCUGUGGAUCUUUCGCCACGAGAUGAGCUCGCGGAGCUCGAUCUCCUGGAACACAAUGCUGGCAGCAUCCGCGCACAUCGGCGACGAGGGAGUUUUUCUCGAUCUCCUCCGCGAGACGAGGCACGAGGGAGUGAUUCCGAGCGAGGGGGCGAUCGUCGCGUGUCUCGGUGCUUGCGCCAGCACGAUCGGGGAGGGAGAGAUCGUUCUCUCUCACGCGAAGGAGCUGGGGAUUUGUAUGAAGAGAGCUCUUCCAGCUACUGCAGCAGUGACGUUCUUCCGGAGAUCUGGGAGGCUGGCGGCGGCGAGAGAGAUCUUUGAUGGUGUGGAGGAGGAGGAGAGGGAUUUGCCGCUGUGGGGGACGAUGAUCGCUGGCUACGCCGAUGAUUUCCAGCUCCGCCCCGCGAUGGCACUGCUGCGAAGGAUGCAGCACUGCGGUGUUCUUCCCAGCAAGGUGGUGAUCGUCGCCAUGAUCAACCUCUGCGCGGCAGUGUCGGAUCUUCGCCAAGGCGAGAUUUUCCGCGCUUUGUUCGUGGAGUCCUGUGGGAUCGAUCGAGAAAACUCGGCGGUGGUGGCCAACGCGCUUGUAGAUAUGUAUGGGAAGUGUGGAGAGUUGUCGCUCGCGAGAAAGCUCUUUCGAGAGAUCCCGGAGAAGGACUCGGUGUCUUGGAACUCAAUCGUAUCAGCGCUUUGCGAUCACGGUCGGGGACGAGAGGCUUUGGAGCUCGUCCGGGAGAUGAUGCUCGAAGGCAUGGCAUCUAGCAGCGUUGGAUUCCUCGCGGUGCUGAGCUCCGGAUCUCUGGAGCUUCCGGAAGUGAAGACUUUCGAGACGAUCUUGGUGGAGCUCGGCAUGGAUGAAAACGCUGCUACCUCGCUCGUCACCGGCUAUGGGAAGUGUGGAAACUUGGCAGACGCGAGGAGGGUGUUUGAGGAGACGAUGAUCGAUCACAGGGUGGUGGCGUGGAACUGUUUGAUAUCGAUCCACGCUGAGAACCGCGAGCUCCAGCGAGCUUACAGGACGUAUCUCGAGAUGCUUCUCAGCGGAGUGGCUCCCGAGAGGAUCACCUUCAUUGUGAUCUUGAGCGUUCUCGUGGAGAGCUCCGGACAGGAUUUGCGAUCGCUGGAGCUCGUCCGCGCUUGCAUUGCCGAGGCCGGCCUGGAGACCGAGCUCGUUGUUGGAAACGCUCUCAUCAGCGCGUUUGGAAAGUGCUCCAGCCCCGGCAACGCUCGAGAGAUCUUCGACGCUAUGAUCGAGCGCAACAAAGUCUCGUGGACUGCGAUCAUCGCUGCGUACGCUCACAGCCACUAUGGCGCCAUCGCCAAGCUGUUCUUCCGGCGAAUGCUGCUCCAAGGCGAAGAGCCCGACCGAGUAACCUUCGCCACCAUUCUCUCCACUUGCACCACCGCCGCCGCUCUCGUCGAAGGCAAGCGCUUCCACGCUUUGCUCGCCGAGCGCCCGGCGAUGGAGAUGGAUCCCGUGGUGGUCUCGGCGCUCAUCCACAUGUAUAGCAAGUGUGGAAGCCUCGAGUCCGCGAGCAAAGUUUUCGAUCGUGGACGGAGCUUCUUGCUGCAGGAGAACUUGCUGGUGUGGACGUCCGUCAUCUCGGCCUAUGCUCACCACGGCGAUGGCGAGAGAGCUCUCAAGCUCUUUGCGCGGAUGCAGCAGGCUGGAUUGCGAGCCGACGGCGUGACGAUACUGAGCGUUCUCUCGGCCUGUGCCAAGGCCGGGAUGCUCGAGACCGGGAUCCAGUUCUUCGCGUCCAUAGCUCGGGAUCACUGCCUGGAGGUGACUCUGGAGCACUACAGCUGCUUGGUUGAUCUUCUGGGACGAGCGGGAGAGCUCAGUGCUGCCCAGGAGCUCGUCCGGAGAAUCCCCAACGCCAGAGCUUACGUGAGCUUCUUGAGCUCGUGUAGUGUUCAAGGAGAUGUUGAGCUGGGAAGAGCGGCGGCGGAGAAAGUGAGUGUUUUAGAUCCAAGCAUCCCCGCUGGCUACGUUGUUCUGUCCAAUUUGGUAUCAGGGAAACUGCCAUGA